UAAAUCGGGGCAUCGUCGUGGCAAUUUACGAUGUACUAACCUGGUCAAAGGCAGGGUUUAUUCAGGCUAUCGAAUUUGAAUCCAAUACCGAAUUAAUCCGCGGGUUUUCUCUGCGAAUAGUCUACACUUCACGGAAUAUAGGCUACAUUCUCGACGGUGGGAAUAGGCCUACAGUAGGCUAGGUAUAUAAAAGCUUCUGGAACACUACGCAUCCAUAUCUACUUCCCUUAAUUAUGGGACAGUGGUCAUAAUUAUUGAGUUUAUGGAUUAACUUUGGUGUGAUUGCUUCUGGCACUUGUCCUGUAUCAAGUGUAAGAAUUAGGAGCUCUAGAAUGAGCAUUAGAAAUAAACUUUAGGGCAAUUUAGUGUGAGUAAGAGAGAGAUUCGUUAAUAGUGUAAAGGUAAAUUAGGUAUAAACUAACAAAUCUUAUUAUUUAGCUUUUUUUGCCCCUGGUUUGUUGGUGACAACAUUGUUACUUUUUGACGUUAUGACCGUUUUAUGUAGCCUACUUUGUAUCCAUUCAGAUCAGUAUUUGUUCAUCUGGUGAGGAAUGCACUGCUGGAGUAAGGUCCAUGCUGUACUACAACAGGCUAAUUUUUGCUGACAAGGCCACUUUUAUGGGAACGUUCACAGAGUUUGAUUAAGAAAGCCUCGUGUUCACUGAGCAAGUGGAUAACCACCUUCAAGAUACCGGUUAAGCCUGAUUGUGGUUGUUAGGGUUUGAUAAGGCAGCUAACGCAAAUAUGCCCUGGAUAUGUUAAGAUACCCGCAUAGUAUACCCCCCAGGUCAUGUCACAACAUCUCAAUUGGGUUAAGGAGUGGAUUAUGACCUGUCCAUUCCAAAACGUGACUUUUUUUCUGUUGAAACCAUUUUGUUGUUGAUGUGUUUUAGGUCAUUGUCUUGUGGCAUCACCAAACUUUUAUUAAGCUUCAGGUGACAGACUGCUGGCAUUUCCCUGUAAAAUGUCUUGAUACAAUUUUGAAUUAUUUGUUCCCUCAAUGAUUGUAAGCUUUUCAGACCGUGAGGUGGCAAAGCAGUGCCAAACCUUCAUGCUUCACAGUUGGGAUGAGGCUUUGGUGUUGGAGGCAUCACGCCGCUUUUCAAUGCCAGCAGGGGGUCUGGAAAGCCAACUUAAACAAGAAAAUUUCAUUCUGGGUAGCUCAACCAUGGACCAAGUGAAAGGAGUGCUGACAUUACAAGGGGAAGCUCUAACCCAGGCUGAUAUCAAUUUAAAGAUGGCCAAAAGUAAUCAAGUGAUGCACUUUGCAUUUCGUGAUGACAAGCAAUGGAAAAUGCAGCAGAUUCAGGAUGCCAGGAACCAUGUGAGCCAGGCUCUUCAGCUGCUGAAUAGCCGUGAUGAGAGUUACCACUUUAAAACGGGGGCAGAAGUUAACAAGCUAAUGGAUGCAGUGAUGAUGCAGCUAACACGGGCUCGUAAUCGUCUUACCACCCCAGCCACUAUGACACUGCCCGAGCUGGCCUCCAGUGGCCUCAUGAAAAUGUUCACGCCCCCAAUGCCAGGAGAUCUGAUGGUGAAUUUCUACAUCAACCUCAGCAAGCUGUGUCUGACAGUCUAUCAACUGCAUGUCCUGCAGCCCAACACUACCAAGAAUUUUAAGCCUGCUGGAAGUUCAGUUUUGCAUAAUCCUGGUUCAAUGUUUGAAAUCAACAACAUGAAGUUCGAAGUCAGUCACGUGCACAAAGUGGAGUGUGUCGUCCCCUGGCUCAACGACACCUUGGUUUUUUUUACCAUCUCCCUGCAGCUCUGCCAGCAGCUGAAAGAUAAGAUUUCUGUGUUUUCCAGUUACUGGAACUAUGGACCAUUCUAGUCCAGGCCUUUUGAGCUGUUUCCGGCUGGUCACAGCCAUCAUGUGUACUUCCUGUCAAUAUGAAAGCUGAUGUGAUGUCUAUCAGGGACAAUAAGGCCUACGAUGUAUAGACUUUGUGGAUGCUUACCACUGUCUUUAUUGUGGUAUGAUGUAUUUGCCUAGAAAAGGUUAGAACAUGUCUGUGAAAGCCCACUGUCUGUGUCUUGCAUAUUUGUGCUGUUCAGUGUAUUGUUUCAGUAUUUUGUAUUAUUGCUUGUGGUUCUGUCUAUUUUGUAGGUUAAUUCAUUAUCUAAAUAACUACUCAUAUUAGAAAAGGGACCCUACAAUAUAAACACUUGUACAUUUGCAUAUUUAAUUUAUUUUCACACUAAACUUAAUCUCUACAUAAAUCAAACAUUUAAAUUUACUGUAAUUCUGUGUAAUGACAUGAGCAGUACAAUUGCCACUGUAAAACAGAAGUUGUACCAUUUUUAAGUGUAGAAGGAUGUAGAUGGCAAUUGAUUUGUAAUUGUGUUUUUUUUUAAAGUACUUAAUCAGUUAUAUUUAUUUAUUUAUGAAAUGCAAUGAUUUGCUAUGCAUUUACUGGAUUAUGCACUUUUGUGUUACCCUCACCCAAUUCCCUGUUGACUGAAUCUUACUUUAUUACAAUGUUACCUAAUGAGGGUUAGAGUAUGCCAUUGUAAUGCAUUACAAUGCAUGUGGACCAAAUUCCUUGUGCAAUAAAUAAGUAUAACAAAUUGCGUGGACACAAUUAUUCAAAAUUUUAUUCAAGUUGUUCAAGGAAUGUGCUCUGUAAUGUAAGUACUAAACUUUCUUUCUGUAAAGUGAAAUGAAGGUAUUUUGUAGUCACGUCUAGAACGGGCGAAUAAAGGUUUGAAAAGAUUCAACAUA